CCGUUUCACUGUAUUCACAGAACUUCCACCACCGUCUCCCGAUAACAAUUCUGCUGCUAUGGCCAUGCUCUUACCACGCCCUGUCUCUUCUCUCGCUCCCCGCGUUCCUCGCUACCCGCUUCCCUCGAGGCUUAAUAGCCGGAGGAGGAAAUCUGUUUCCGUCGUGCAAGCGUCGUGGCAAGAGCUUGCAGGGGUCCUCAUCUUCUCUGCGAUCCCUUUCACCGCGGUGAAGGCCGUCGCCAAUAGCUCCCUGGGAGAAAAGCUCCGUCGGCAACUCAGUGAAACCAAGAGGGACGCCGUGGAGAAGUCAUUGAGGUUUAAAGUCCUCGCUCAAAAGGCCAGAGAAGCGAGUUCUUGGUAUGGGCGUGAACGUCCUUGCUGGCUUGGUCCUAUUCCAUACAAGUACCCAUCUUACCUUACAGGAGAGCUUCCUGGUGAUUAUGGCUUUGACGUUGCAGGUCUGGGCAAGGAUCCUGUGGCUUUGCAGAAGUACUUUAACUUCGAAAUUUUGCAUGCUCGUUGGGCGAUGUUGGCAUCUAUUGGUGUAAUAGUUCCUGAGUUGUUAGAAGAACUUGGUUUUGUUCAUUUUGUUGAACCUGUGUGGUGGAAAGUUGGGUACGCAAAGCUUCAGGGUGAUACUCUUGACUACCUUGGCAUUCCUGGACUUCAUAUAGUUGGCGGUCAAGGAGUCAUCAUUAUAGCAAUCUGUCAAGCUCUUCUAAUGGUUGGACCAGAGUAUGCUAGAUAUUGUGGGAUAGAGGCCCUGGAGCCAUUGGGUCUAUACCUGCCUGGUGACAUAAAUUAUCCAGGAGGCUUGCUUUUCGACCCUCUGGGACUUUCUGCAGACCCUGUUGCUUUUGAAGAACUCAAAGUAAAAGAAAUAAAAAAUGGCCGUUUGGCAAUGGUGGCUUGGAUAGGCUUCUAUCUUCAAGCAGCCGUAACAGGUAAAGGUCCGAUACAGAACCUUUUUGAACACGUAAGUGACCCCCUUCACAACAAUGUGACGGCUUUCAUCAAGUUAAUGUGACAAGCCUCUUCCAUCUUUCUUCUUGACAUGAUAAGUUCUUCUAAUUCAGUUACAAGGAAAUGAUGUAAAUUUCAAAUUAUUUCUAGAAUUUUGUAAAUUUAAAGAUAUUCUAGCUGCAUUUUGUAUUGGUCUAGGGGCACCUACUAGUGUGUUUUUGUGCUUAUGGCUUCUUAUGUUUUUUCUUGGGAGAAAUGAUAUUUUUGUAUGACCUUA